AACCAAAGUUACCUUUGGAAAAAAAACAAAAAGAAGUUUUGUGAGCAGUAAAGAGUAAAACAUGGAAAUAUUUGGGACCUGAAAAACAAUGUAUUGUAACAGCCAAACCUCAUCUUAUCCUCUUCUCAUAAGAUUGCAUGGCUUCCACUUUGCAGUUCCUCCAUCACCAUCCACACCCUCUCCAUCUACUUCUCCCCUCACCAAACCAAUCCCAUUUUCCACGCAAAUGCACAGCCUCCGAUGCCGAGUUCCCGGCUCCGGCCCCGGAAACGACCAUCAGCCCCGACAAGUUCCCCAUUGAGAAGCGGAGAAAAUCCGAGAUCAUCCGCGACAGGAAUACUCGAAAAGGGCUGGUGAAACCGGAGCCACCGAAUUUCGAGAUAGGAUGGAAGAGGAGUAAGCCUAUCCCAUUGGAGAAGCCAACGGGGUACGUGAUCAUGGACUUUUUGGAGAAGCUGGUGGAGCUCAUGGAUAGGGAGUUUGGGUCAGCGGCGCUGCUCGAGAAAGUCGGGGAAAUCGUGGCCGCCAGAGCCUUAGAGGAAGCUGAGGUGCUGAGAGAUGAAGGGAAAGUGGAGGAUAGGAUGGUGACAGAGCUGGCCAGAGUUUUGAAGCUCAUGGAAAUGGAUUUGGCUAUGCUUAAAGCUGCUGUUAAGGAAGACACUUUGAAUCAAAGGCUUCAACAGGCUAAGGCUCGCUGCAGGCAGGCUAUUAUUGUUGCUAAUUCCUUUUGAAUGGAAAUACACAAACUUCUUCAAAGUUUGGAUCAGGAGAAAUAUUAAUCAAUGUGUUCUAUACAUUGAUUGAGUUUUGUAUAAAAUAACACACUACCUUCAGCCGUUUUGCAUCAAAGAUUAGCUCAUUCCAUAAA